UAUGCCACUCAUCCCCAGGUGCAGCCACCAUGGACCCCUCAGAGCCACCUCCAUCACUGUCAGCAGAGGAGGAAUCUGCUGCUGCUCAGGAUGCGAUGAAUGCAGAUGAAACAGACUUGAAUAAAUUAGAAGAAACUGAAGCUGCUGUAAUGUCUCUUCUAGCAUCUGAAGCUGAUAAUGAUGAAGCCAUUGAACAAAGUCAGGCAUUGCUUACUGUUAGUGAGUCGUAUUCUGGUAUAGGAGAAUCCGAUGAAUUCCCUGUCAAAGAAGCAUCAUCAAGAACUUCACCUCAAGACAGUGAAUCAGGGCUAGUUGAUGCACCAUUUAAUGAAAGUACUGUGAAGCUCUCUGAGGGACUCUCAUCUUUGGUGUCUUACUCUUCAUCCUCUGCUGAAGUUUCAGCUUCAGAAGAUAAUGGUCAAGAUGAUCCAGAAAACAAUGUGGGUGAAGCUGCACCUCGUGUUGAAGGCACUGUCGAGUUUGUUGAAGCGACAGAGUCAGGAUCUGAGAAGCUGCCAGAGGAAGUCCAGCAGGAAAGUUCUCUGGUAUCCCCAGGGGAAGUGUUGGCUGCAGCAGCUGAUGCUCUUGCCGGUGCAGCAGACAUUGAGCAGGUUCAUGUGGAGGAAGCAGAAGCUGUUGAUAACAUGGCAGCAGCACUUGUCAAGGCUAGUUCGGGUAUGACUCUGACCACAGACCUAGCCUCCAUGGAUGGGGAGGAACCAGCCAUUCCAGAGGUGAUGAAAAAUGACCAAGAAGAAAAGGGCAAAGUCCAGACUCCAGUCUUACCAGAGGAAGGCAGUGUUACACAAGCCCAUCCUGCACAGGAAGGAGAGACUAGUACUGUAGUAUGUACUCAAAAAUCAAAAGGUGAAGUGGAAAAUUUGGAAAGUCUGGCAAAAGAAAAUGUCAAGGAAGAAUUAGUGACUGCCUCUGAUGAGAAGACCCAAGAUGCAAAGAAGGAUGAAGUGGAUUUCAAGAAAAGUAACCAUGAAGAGACAGAGAAUACACUUGAAUUUGUUAACGAGUCACACAUGCAAAAAUCCUCUCAAGACACAGAACAGGAAAGCUUUGCAAAUGCUGGACAAGCUUCUGUUCCUAAAGAAAGUGCUGAUACUGUUUCUGAAAUGCAGAUGAUAGAGAAUGCCAUGGAGAAUCCACCACCUGAACAUAUUCCCUCUGUCAUGGAUUCCACACAGGCUGCUAAAUUAUCACCUGAAAAUCUUGAUGUGAAUCUUGCUGAAGAAGAGCUGAUGCCUCAUGGAAAAGAUGUGAGUAAAGGAAAAGGAAUAAAAAGAUCUCUUGAAGAGGAUACUAAAGAGCCUGCGGAGAGCCAUGAAAUUCAGGAAGAGAAGAGGUUACGAAAGAGUGAGCAGACAAGGAGUCCCUCUCCACAGCCACAGGUGGAGAGAGAGGAGCAAGAGGAGGAACAAGACAUGCUACAGGAAGAAGAAGCAGAGCCAAUGGAAACAGAAGCAACUCAGGAAUUGGAACAAGAAAGCAACACCAAAACACAGCCAUUUGACCUUUCUGGCAUUGCAAAAGGUGAUGAUGGCAGCCAUGAAGGAGAAGGAGAAGAAGUGGGAGAAGAUGAAGGUGAGAAAAAAGAUAAUGAUAUUCAAGAAAAAGACAAGGAUGAUGGUAAAGAAGAUGAAGAGUCAUCAACUCCAUCAAGAAAGAGGAAGAAGAAGAAGAGAUCCUAUGAAAGACCAAGAGGAGAAGGGGGGAAAUUUAUGAAGGAGAAACCAGACCCUUCAAUGCUUGAUGAGGAGACACGAAUGGACUACAGUCUGCUACAGGAUGAAGACUCUCAGGGUUCAGCUUCCAGGAGGGAAGUGCGCAGGUUCCGGUGUGAAGUCAUCGUCCCAGAGAGCACGGAGGUGUUCACAGCAGAGAAGGUGGUUGAGUAUGUGUGGCCACUGGAAGGUGUUGGGGAACACUACUUUAUUCAGGAACAGAUUUCACAGUACCUGGGCAUCAUGUCUUUCAAGCGACGGUAUCCUGACCUGCGUCGUCGGCCCAUUGACAUGCAGGAAAGGGACUACCUUAAGGAAAAAGGCCUUGUGUCUGACAUGGCAUGUGACUUAGGACUAACAGCUGUAAGAAGUGAGGAUGUUUUGGAUGUUAUGUUUAACGACUUCCCUGCAAAGUUUGAAGAACUUCAACGUCUGUUGCGGGAACGUAAGGAAAAUGAAAUGAGGGAAAGAGGGAAAGUGAACUACUCCAUGGCCAACAUUGAUAAGUCCAAGAUGCAAGAGUAUGGGAGGAAGGCUGCUGCUGAUGCUGCUCGCUGGAAUGCUAAUUUCAACAAGGAGAAAAGAGAGGAACGGAGGUAUAGCUUUGAUCUUCAGACAUUCACACUGCAGAUGCCAGUAGGCCGAGGAAAGAAACUUCCGUCUGAAUAUACCAAAAUUGGCUUUUAUCCAGUUGCUGUCCUCCCUGGCCAGUUCACUAACCACUACAGAGAAUACUCCUCCCAGGCCCUGAAGACCAUGCCCUUGACUACCAUUAUGUCAGCCCCAGUCAUUGCAGACCAGCUGGGCUCUGAUGGUGGCAGCUCAGACUCAGAGGAUGAAACCUGUGAUACUCAGAGGACUGUGCUGGAUGAUAAUGGAAAGGAGGAGAAGGGAGGUGAUGGACCGCGCUGCAAAGUUUGUAAUGGAACCAAAAACCGCAACAAGGGUGGCAAGCCUGAGCCUCUCAUCAUUUGUGGCAGCUGCAAAUCAGCAAGCCACCCAACAUGCAUUGACCUGACUCUGGUGAUGGUGCCCAAGAUUGAGUCAUACAACUGGCAGUGUAUGGACUGUAAGACUUGUGUUACCUGCAAUGAUCCAGAUGAUGAAGACAAGAUGAUCUUCUGUGAUAUGUGUGAUCGAGGGUACCAUAUUUACUGUGUGGGGCUGAGGCGGGUUCCUAAUGGCCGCUGGCACUGCAAGGAGUGUGCCAUGUGUUCAUCAUGUGGUUCCAAGACACCUGCCGGCAAUGAGCAUCUCAAGAAUGCAGAGUGGCAGCAUGAGUUCAAGAAGGACAAGGACAACAAGCAGCUGAGGUACGCCACCACAUUGUGUGUUCCCUGCGAUAAGUACUGGAAGAGGCGGCAGUUCUGCUAUGUGUGUCUCAAAGUGUACAGAAGCAUUCCAGAGGACGGGAUGGUGCGCUGCUCAAACUGUCCCAAGUAUAUCCAUAGAGAAGUCUGUUCAACCAUGUAUGAAAAUGAACGUUUUUGCAUCAACUGCUUCAAGAUGCGUAACUCAACUGCACUGAAUCACUCACGCAUCAUUGCAGCAGCCAAGAAGAAGAUGGCCUCAGGUUACUAACAGUCUGAAAGUCAGAAGCAAUUCCUCUGAAUUCUGUGCAUCCUCUACCGUCUGUAGUCCCAUGUGUGCCGGAGUGUUGGGACGUGAUCCUGGCUUGGAAUUGGGUCUAGACAAAACAAGAAUCACUGGCAUUAAUCUCGCAAGAUUAUAAAAUAUAGAUAAAAGUCGGAAAAAUAUUCCACAAGGACUUCCUUUAUGAAGAGGAUUGAUAGAAAUUAAAAGACAGAUAAAAAUGAGGAGCAUUUAGAAUUAUGCACACUGACCCUUGUUUCCCAGGUGGUGGGCGAUGGUCAGCUUGCAGUGCUUCCCAGAUGUCCACUUGGUCUUGUUCUGUGCCAGCCUCAACUAAGGAUUGUUGAAUGGCAUACUGGAGCAAUGCAUCAUCCUCAUCCAAGCUCAUCUGCAGAUGCUGCUGGUCCGAGUGACCUGUACCAACGUAAACAAGGAAUUGUGUUUCAGUCAAGUUCUCAACAGUGUAACUGUAGACAUGGACAUUUCUACCAUUUAAAAUCUUGCACUAUAUUACAGAACAAAGCUGUAGAAUUUGCAAUAAUAAGAGUUAUUGUAAUUGAUGUUUUGUAGUAAAUUUUCUAAGUAAAGAAAUAAUUAAUUAAUAAUUAAAGAGUAGAUUAAGCAUCAUUUGGUUACUCAAAACUUUUAAAUUAAUUUUACUUAUUCAAGGUAAAUACUUCUUGAGAGUAUUAAAAUAAAACAGUACAGAAUUCCAGUUUUCUUCAGUACUUCAUAUAUGUUAAUUUAUUUCAAGAAAACAUACCUAUGACAGUAUAACUCGAUGGAGGAUCAAAUGCAUCUUCCUCAAUAACACAAGACAAUCUAUCUUCCUCGGCCACCGUGGACACUUUGUUGAUGGAAACGUCAACACCAAAAAUGUUUCCAAAAGUUAUUCUUGCUGUCAACACAUGGAAGAGUGGGAUUUCUGGGAGGAAAAAAUUAUAAAUAAAUGAUAAAUAAAAAAAAUACAAUAAAAAAUAAAAUUUUACUAUUAUAAUGAUAAAAAAAUAAUAACUUUAGACCUCAUCACUACAUCUGGCAUCUUUUAAAUAUAUUUCAUUAUAUAAUCUUAUAUUUGGCAGUUGCUCAUUUAGUAAAGGUAAAGCAACAAUAGUAGCACAUAGCUUGUCAGUCUACAUACCAAUCUUCACUGGAAAUCCACUAGGAAGCUGCAUUUGAAUGAAGUGCUUUAGCUUGGCAAAAUGAGAAGAGCUGAUGGCCAUGAGGUCCACAAUGGGCAUCACCUGGUCCUGGAGUUUGAGAGGAUACUCUUCUGCCAGCCACAAGUGCGCCUGAACAUGAAUAAGGGACAAGAAAUAAGCUAAGAAUCCAUUACAGGCAAAAACAUAGUACUAAAAAGACAAAGAUGCUGGGUAUGUUCAUCUUAUGGCAAACAUGACUCCUUACUAGUGGGACCAAGAUUACCUUGAAGGCCACCAAUAUAGGGACCAGAUUUUGAAACAGUAAUAAUUAAGGAAAAGCUUGAGAAGUGAACAGUGGGUAUCUAAAAUUUAUCUGAUGCAAUAUACAAAUCUACGUGGAUAUCAAGAUUGCUAAUGAAUUCUGAUGGCUUCCUCUGUUGUCACAAGGAAUAUGGAUGAUAAUAAGAACCAUAAGAAGAUAAAAAAUGUACAGUGGAGACUCAAUACUUGAACAUCCAAAUAGUCAAACUUU